AUGUCUGGAGGGCUGAUCAGUGCGGACAAUCGGUGGCCAGGCUCCGAACCCUUUGGCGAGCGGACUUAUCCCGUGUUUGUGAGUGAGUGGUCUCUGUUGGUCGCAGACGACCUCGAGCGGACCAGUGACUGGGACUCGACGAAAGACGCAAACAAGGACUUUUACCGCAAGUUCUGGACUGCGCAAGUCGUGUCUUACGAGAAGACGGCGCAGGGCUGGGUCUUCUGGACGUGGAAGACAACAGGCCUUAACGACCCGCGCUGGGACUACCAGAUGGCAGUUAACGCGGGGAUUAUCGACAAGAAUAUUGACAAUGCGUAUACCAUGGGUGCGUGCAGCUAG